CUGAUCGACACACAGAACCAGAUCAACUUGCACAGCUUGGUGAUUGGCAAAUCUCUGAGACUGAACUCAUGGCAAAGAAUGAUGUCAAGCUUUUGGGUGUAUGGGCUAGCCCAUUUGUGAUGAGGGUUCAGAUUUCCCUAAACAUCAAAUCUGUGAACUAUGAGUUUCUUGAAGAGACAAUUGGGACGAAGAGUGAGCUACUCCUCCAAUCCAAUCCAGUUCAUAAGAAAUUCCCAGUUCUGAUUCAUGUUGACAAGCCCAUUUGUGAGUCCCUAGUCAUUGUUCAAUACAUUGAUGAGGCUUGGACCUCUGGUCCCUCCAUUCUCCCUUCUGAUCCUUAUAAUCGUGCUAUUCAACGAUUUUGGGCUGCCUAUCUUGAUGAUAAGUGGUACCCUGCCAUGAGACGUUUUAGGGGUGCCCAUGGAGAGAAGAGGCAGGAGUUGCUGGAUCAAAUGGUUGAAGUGCUUGCAUUGUUGGAGGAAGCAUUUGGGAAAUAUUGCAAAGGGAAGGCUUUCUUUGGUGGAGAUCGAAUUGAGUUCCUUGAUAUUGCUUUUGGGUCCUUCUUGGGCUGGCUGAGGUUGAUAGAGAAGGUGGGUGGGGUGAAGCUGCUUGAUGAAGCAAAGACUCCUGGGCUAGUCAAGUGGGCCGAGAGGUUUUGUGCUGAUGUUGCUGUUAAGAGUGUUAUGCCUGAGACAGAGAAGCUUAUUGAGUUCUCUAAGGUUCUUAUGGCCAAAAUGAAAGGGGCUCCUCCUCCUCCUAAGAAUUAAGUUUCUGUGAACAAUGUCAUCAAAAUAUAUAUAUUAAUAAGCUUCUGUGAACAACUUUGGUGUUGAUCAUGGAAGUAGUUUUAUGGCC